AUGACCUAUAGCAAACGCCUCGUACCCCUGUUUAGCUUGGGACUGGCUACAAGUUUCGGCACGAUGAUUUCUGCUCAGUCUGACAUUGCAGGCUUGCCCGGCGACAUAGCGGAGGAAGCCAGAGAUGUUGCCUUGAGAGCCGAAACAAUUCUAAAUUUCGCUGACAGAAUAUAUGACAAGUGUUUCACUGUGCCAAACGCGGUUUGCCUCGGCGGUACCUCUCAAAUCAUUACUGCUCCUUUUAUCCCAGAUGGCCUUAGCGCUUGGUUCACGUUUGAUCAAGUUUAUCCAGUCGACCAGAGUGGAAACGGCAAUCACAUGCACAGAGCACCCCGAGCGGGACCACCUCAUAAUGGCAGCGGAGCGAGUGCCGCCUUUGUCAACGGUGCCAGCGGAACAAUAAAGUCGAGUAGCACGCUGGAGACUAGCGAUUUUACAGUCGCCUUUUGGAUGUACCUCUUGGGGGAUUCAAAUGGGUACUUCCGUAACGUCAUCUCAAAAGGGAACGACGCGAGCCAGACGCCCACCAUUAUGCUAUAUCCGAAUACAAGGAAGCUUUCAGUCCGCGUGACAACGACAGACAGCUCUUCAGAAGGACUUCCUUCAAGCGGUUCACUUCCUUUGCGGAGAUGGACUCACAUUACAGUUACAGCGAAUGGUGUCAGGCUAAAGCUGUUCCUCAACGGAGUUGAGGACAACGAGGUUGUGCUCCGAGGAAAGGUGAUUCCGAACGCGGGCAACAUUGUUGUUGGGUCCACUAUGGAAAACUCCGGCUUCGAUGGAUACAUUGAUGAUCUACGGAUAUACACUCGUGCUCUACCAUGUGGCCCAGGUCUCCUUGCAAACGGUUUAGAUAUAUGGCACAGCGAAAUGUCAAGCGGCGAUAUCGCUGCAGGGGAAAAACGGCUGGCCUUGUGCUGCCGGAUUUCCAGCUCGGUGUCCCCGUUAGUGGCAGCAGUUGCAUGA